CGCUGGUUAGAUUUGGGGUUGUGUAGUGAAGCGUACCUGUAUUUUUUUCUACACCAUCAUCGCACUGUAGCAGUGAGUGAUCAGGGCAUGUAGCGAUCGUCGAGCUCUUUGCUGGUCUGGCAUGUAUAGGUUGGACACUCCGCUUGCAGCUCGUUUACAGGCGGUGAUCUCCGUUUCCUGGCUCUCGCAAACCCCUCUUGUUGCACUUCAUUGCUUUAGAACCAAGUAUCUUAAAUGCUCUCAGAAUUUCUCAUCAUGUUCAAUUGUAGACUUAUAUGAGGUGUCUUUUAGACUGCAUUCUUUCAGACGCAGUGCUAGUGCUGCUUUGGUAAUGAAGGGCUUGCACGUUGCUUAUUUUCUGCUAGAGCUUAAUCUCGUCUCUCUGAAAUUUUCUUGAUGCUUCACUAGCGACUCGCGGAGUCCAUACGAGGGGUUCGUAGCUCUUGGACUUGCUUAAUUGGACUUUUUCGACGACGGUUGUGAAAUUAGUCUUUAAGUGCAGCUUUUGGAGGGUCUCAUCUGCGGGCUAUCUGCCGCACGCAACUUAGUGUUUACAAAUCCUGCUUCCCAGUUGAUCAUUCACAGCUGGACUUGGUAACAGGGGGAAAGGAUUUUGAAGUUUGUUUGAGCACAUGUCUGGGUUUGUGAAAAUUUACAUUUGGGAAGCUCGCAACUUUGCCAUUUGAGGAAGAUCUCUCUGUCUGUUCAAUCUCUGCAACAAUGGCUGCCACUCACGUCGUUAGCAAGAAGAGGUCGCCCACUAUCUUCUCUGAGGUCGCCACAGCCACCUGCAAGCGAUGGAAAUCCGAAGCGGCCUGGCACCACGUGGAAGAAAUGGCCCCGGAGCCACCACCCAUCCAGGACUUCGACCUCAAGGUGAAAACUUCGUGCUUGAAGAUGGUGCAGCCAGAACCCACGUCCGUGCUGGACUUGCAAGCCAGCCCAGGUCGGUCUUGUUCGUCGUCGACCAGCCUGAGCUCCGGGACCGAUUCUCCCCACUCCAUCUCCACUGACUCUCCAAAUUUCUCCACCACUGUGCAGCAAGUUGAGCCGGUUGACAUCGCCAGCUGGGUCGACUGUAUGGCCCUGCCCGAAUUUGAAGACUGCGACCGCCAUUUGGAGGAAGUUCUUAAGUCCGACAUCGACUUCGCCAGCACAGAUCUGGACUUCGGCUUCGAGCUUACGAGCUUGGACCAUUGUAGCGUUGUGACCGAGCAUGGCUACUCUGUGAGUCUCUUAUCCGAGUUUCUCGGGGAUCCUGAUGAGAAUCUUCUUCUUCCAGAGAGCUUUCACGACGCAAAGAGGCUGCAAGAGUUAGACGACUCGCUCUCGUCAAUGUUGAGUGAGGUUCGAUCGAGCGGUUCAGACUCGGGGAGUAGCGUACCGACAACAGUCGAGCUUGCGAGGCUCGUCGAAUCACUGCCUUGCUCUGACUUGCGAAGACACGGAGGUGUUGACACGAAACACCACCACCACCAUAGCCGAUCUGAGAGCUGGGGGUCGACGAGCAAACUGCAAACCUUGCAGCAUCCGGAGGACAGCGGAUUGCAGCUGGUUCAUAUGUUGUUAGCGUGCGCUGAAGCGAUUGAAAAGUCUGACUUCAACAAAGCAAAGCCUAUCUUAGACCAGUUACUCCGAUCCUCCGACCCAUAUGGUGACCCCAUGCAACGAAUCGCCCUUUACUUCGGUGAAGCCCUCACUGAUCAUCUUGCCGGGGUUGUCAGCCCCAGUGAAACUCACUUGCUUUCGGAUUCCAAGCUCGCGUACCAAGCCUUCUACAAAGUGCUUCCUUUCGCGAAAUUUUCACAUGUUACGGCGAACCAAACCAUUUACGAGGCGGUUGUGAGGAGUCAGAACGUUCAUGUGGUUGAUUUGGACAUCCAACUAGGGCUGCAGUGGCCGUGCUUCAUACAGUCCUUGGCCAUGCGACCAGGGGGUGCUCCUCAUCUCAGAAUUUCGGCCAUCGGAACGAAUGCCGAGAAUUUGCAGACAACCAAGCGACGGCUGUCCGAAUUUGCCGAAGCUCUCAAGGUGCCCUUCGAGUUCACUCCAGUGCUCUCGAGCUUGGAGAAUCUCACCGCGGCGAUGUUGGACAUUCGGUCAGAGGAGGAUUUGGCCAUCAAUUGCUCCCAAGUGUUGCAUACGCUUUCCGGAGAAGAAGCUGUUUUAGAUAAAUUGCUCAGCAUGUUCCACAACCUGAAACCGAAUGUGGUGACACUGUUGGAGGCCGAGGCCAAUCAUAAUGGCGCCUCGUUCAUUGCGAGGUUUGUCGAGGCGCUGCACUAUUACUGCGCCCUGUUUGAUUCCUUGGAGGGAGCUCUAGGUCGCGACAGUGCGGAUAGAUACCAUAUUGAGAGUACAGCACUCGCUGCUGAGAUCAAGGAGAUUGUUGCUUUCAAGGGAAAUAGGCGGCGUGUGAGACAUGUGCGGUCGGAGACAUGGCGGGGCUUGUUUGCGAAAGCAGGAUUUCUGUCCAUGGCUUUCAGUUCGUAUACUGUGCAGCAAGCGCAGAUGUUGCUGGAAGUUUUGACAUCGAAGCCUAUGCAGCAAGCAAACGCUACAAUGCCUUACAAACUGUCGCAGGAAUCGACAUCCCUGAUUUUAGGGUGGCAAGAAACUCCCGUGAUUGGCGUAUCUGCUUGGACUUGCUAGUGGCUAAUCAAAUACCAAUCGGAGCUAGAACAAUUAGGUUAGAAAUUGUCCAUAAUUGUACCAGUAUAUGUGAUUGUAGAUUUAGAAAAUGCGCCUAUUGUAGAUUUAGAAAAUGAAUGAGGACUGCGGUGGAAACUCUGAGGCGGUGAUAAUUGCCGGUGAUGAGUAGGCACAUAGCAUGCGCAAUCUUCAAUCGACAUGUUAACGUAAUGAAGUAUCAAUGUACAUAAGUUGAUGUAACAGUGCCAGACAAUCUGGACUUAUACAACCGCAAUCGCUAUUCUGCCCACUAGCACAA